AUGGAAAAAACAUUCAAGAGAACAACAGAAAACAUUCAAGAGUCUAAUAUAGCCCUAAAGGCUUUUGGAAGGGACUGGCCGCAGCGAAGAAGUUGGCUUAAGAAGCUAAAGUAUCUGCAAAGCUUUAGCUGAUCAAGCAAGCCGUCUGGCAGACUUAUUUGCCUGCCCGAAAGCAUAUCCCGAGACCAACUUUGAUGUUGGGUCUCCAAAUGCAGUUCAUCAAGCUGAUCUUCUUUUCCUUCCUUAUGACAGGCUCCUGAGAGGGAAGAAAGUCUAUAAAUAUGCAUAGACAGUUGUUGAUGUUACAAUUAGAUUCAAGGCUGCCGAGCCUCUCACCUCAAAGGAUUCUACUGAGGUCUCAAGAGCUUUUCAGACAAUCUAUAAGCGAGGACUAUCGAGAUGCCCAAAAGUUCUACAAGUUGAUCCUGGGCGUGAAUUCACCGGUGAUGUCACAAGAGAGGUGGCAGAGCAUGAUGUAAGGAUAAGAAGAGGGAAUGUGAACUUUCAUAGGGAUCAGGGAACCGUUGAGUGAUUCAAUGGAGCUUUAGGUGAACGUCUCUUCACUUUCCAAUGCAGUCAGGAGAUUAACUUCAAAUAGGGAAAGAGAUCGACAGAAUGGGUGAAGGGGCUUCCAGAGGUUGGUUCAGCUUUGAAUAAUGAAGUGACCAUUUUUACAGGAAAGAAACCUGUUGACGCAAUCAAAGAGAAGGUGGUUGACGCGAAGGGUUCAACCAUUUAUUCAAGGUCUGUUGGCAUGGAAGGGAAGAGACUCGAUUCUUCAAGAAGUGCGAGAUAUCUCUAUGUCGCUGGUGAGUAGGAAGGUGAUCAAAGAGGAGCAACAGAUCCCGUUUGGUCUCUGAAGGUCCUCAAUAUUGAGAGAUAAAUUGGGAAUAAGAAUGAGCCACUUCUCCUCUAUCUGAAAGAUGAACCAAAGCGUGGUUUCGUUAGAGAAGAGCUUCGGAAUGUUCCUCUUGGAGCUGAGUUGCCUCCUGAAGGAAUUCGUUGCUUUGAAAAUUACUAUUAAAAAUUAGUUUCUCAAUAGACCCAAGCAAUCCUGGUAAAUCAAUUCAAGAAACUAGUAAAGAGAUGAACGAUGAAAAGAUCGUCAAUCGUGUCAAUCCAACUGACAACGAAGACGCAGUGACCGAGAAGUACGUUGAUGAAAAACCAAAAACAAAACAAAACAAAACCAAAAAAAAACAGAAACAAUCGAUUUAUUCUCUUUUUUGUCAAAAUAUGCCCCCAAAGUCUCAUCAUCGAUGCAUUCAUCAAAGAAAAAGCAACGUGCUGGUAUCGCACAGGCCACGACUCAAACAGUGA